GUCGCAAGUAUUUCGUGUGUGGAUGACUCCUUCGUCUCGUUUUCGAUGGCAUAUCCAUGUUUUCUUCAACAUGUAAUACUACAACCAGUAUUACAUUCUUACGCUGCGGAAGAUUAGUCCGAGGAUGGAUCGACUGAUCAAACGAAGUCUGGAAAUCAUGGGCGCUGUGGGCGAUCACACCUACGACCAGUGCCUGUACAACUGUUCAGGUCAUGGCAUGUGUAUGGAGGGCAAGUGUUUUUGCGAGGUGCAGUUCAGUGGAGGAACCUGUGCAGACGUCAACAUGCGAUACUUCGUUAGUUUUGGCGCAGUAUUCUACUUCCUGUCAGCAGUCUCGAUAAUACAGCUGUUUAUGUGCAUGCGUGCGGACUAUAUGAAGCAGCAGAAGGCUUCAUGGACAGCUGCUGUGAGUGUCACCAGCCAGAAGCUACUCUAUGUGUUUGUGAUCUUAGCCAGCGCCAUCCGUGGCAUCUACUUCUCAACCAAAAAUACUAUACGGGUAGAGUGGGCGUCCAACCUGCUGCUGGCCUAUUAUCCCUUCCUGCUGUCAGGAGUAUCGCUAGUCAUUUGUCUGUGGGCUGAGGCGUUUCACCUGAACGACGUCAGGUUAGACCGGCCGCGCUUCCUCAGCAAGUCGCUCGUCUCGUUCUACGUGUUCAACGCGUUCGUUUACCAUGUUGUCGUCUCGUGUUCGCAGGCGUUUCACCUGAACGACGUCAGGUUAGACCGGCCGCGCUUCCUCAGCAAGUCGCUCGUCUCGUUCUACGUGUUUAACGCGUUCGUCUACCUGGUGCUGAUGCUGCGCUUCAUCGCCACGGACAUGAUCACCGACAGCGACGUGCAGGGCCUUGUUUCGUUCUGCGUGAAUGCAAUAUUUGCAUUCCUGAUGUUUGUUGCUGUGAUAUUCUUCCUUGUCUAUGGCGUGGAGACGUACUUUAGGGUACACGGAGCCUGGUCGAAUCGGGUGGACACACAGAAGUGGGUGAACACCACGCAGCUGCACAUGUCGCGUCUCGGUCUUGUUGUGCAGGCUGGCCUGCAAGUCUUCACAAUCAUGUUCCUUGUGUGGGACAUCAUGGGUGACAAGUGGAAGCAAAGGCUCAAGAUACGGGAAAGAAAUUGCUAUGAUGUCUUGUUUCGUGUUGCUGAACUGGGAGUUGCACUCUGGUUUCCAUGUUGCUUGUGGAAUUGGAGCAGUCCGGAGCAGCUUUGGAUCCUAAAUCCUAAGAAGAUCCUCAAGCAGUUGGAUCUGGAUCUGGAUCGGCAGGAAGACUCCGAGACCGAUCGUCUGCUUAAGAGGAAGUACGCGACUUACAACACAGCUCCGACCACAUCUGCUGCUGGUGAGCCGUCGUCGACGAGUAAGGAAUGCUGGAUCUGCUAUGACAUGGAGCGACGUGAUGCAGGCGAACUGAUCGAGCCGUGCGGUUGCCGUGGCGACGUCGCCGUCGUCCAUCACGACUGCCUCCGUCGUUGGCUCAUGGAGAGCCUCGCUCCCGACGACCUUCACUGCAAAGUCUGCAAGCAGAUGUACCAUGUGAAGGAAGGAGCAGUGUGGUGUUUCUGGCUGCCUGUGAUCUUCACACAGCGGCACUGGACGGAGACGGUGGCGCUACUGCUGCUGAUGGCCGGGGCGCCCGUCGGCUCUGUCGUCAUACUGCGCACCGUCGACCAGACGUUCUUACAGAUCCUCGCGAUAGGUGGCGCCGGGAUGGUCGAAUACGUAUGCAUGAGGAGGUUUGGAUUCAGUCUGAUAGCCGCAUACAAUAGGGCGCGGCUCCAGACUGUGCAAAUUCUCGGGAGGAGAGCCGUAUGGCCGGAGACGGGCGAUCAGCAAAAGUUAACGAUCGGCCACUUGUCGUCCAUUACAUCCGAAGAAGCCACCGUCGAGGUUCACAUGCAGACGCCUGACGAAUGCAUCUGAUUUGUCGUGUGUGGUCACGUGACACCUGACGAAUGCAUCUGAUUUGUCGUGUGUGGUCACGUGACACGUGAUUUCACCUGCAGACACCUGAGGAACAAUGAAUCUGAUUUGUCACUUGGUUUCACCUGACAAAUGUCUCUAAUGCAUGCUGGGUUUCAGAUCAUGUCACCUGGGACAACCACCAAUUGUGUUGUGUUAUUCGUAUCGCACGUUAUGCGCUAGUUCUGAUUCACGAAACUUGCUCGUUAAAUUGUGGAUGCAGAGCAAGCAGCUUCCAGGUGUAGGGGAACUCUGUAGUGCCUCAUCAACUCCUGAUAUAUAUGCAUACGUGCGUACGUACGUUGUAAUGGUUAGGUAGGGUAUGCGCACUUGUUACACUGGACAGUAUAUAGUGAAAAGCAGCUGCCGGUUGUGCGUUAAAUUACAUAUAUACCCGAUUUAGACCAACUCUUCAACUGUAUGGAUUUUGAAGCAAAUUGGUGGAAGAAUUUGGUUGUUGAAUGGACCUUUUUUUAAAUAUUAUUUUACAUCGUCAGUAUUAAACAGUAAGUAAAAUGGUUAUGUAUUCUGUUAGCAUACCAGCCUGUUUGCUGUAAAUUUAGUGCUCAGCCAUGUAAGCACAAAGAACCCUGGGUGUUGUUUACGUAGGGUGACUAGCUAAAAUAAUGACAAAGCUCUGACCGAACUUGACACGUUUUGUCAAAUUUUUGCUCAUGAAUUGCAGUGCAGCAGGUUAUUAAACAGACUAUCUCACACACAAAAUUGAAAAACUGCAUAAGUGUAGACAAAUUGGGUCUCACCAAUUAGUGAACUUUUUGCCGAUUACUCCGGCACAACAAUCACCACAAUUUGUGCUGUUAUCGGACAUAAAACAGCAGAUGAACAACAAACGUGCGCCCACGUACUAUCUUCAGAUUCGCGACAAUGAAAUGUUUAAACGGUCCCACAAAACAAGUGCACGUAGUUAUGUAAUGCAAAUAUUUAUAGACUGGUCGUAUGGUACCUACCUAUCUUGAAAUAUAUAUAAAGGUAACUACCCUAGUAGUGUAGAGACAGCGUUCUGGUCUCGCUAGAGCAAAAAUCACGCGCAAGGUUUGUUGACAUAAUAUGUAAACGAUCUAAUUUGAAAUGCAGAUCGGUGCACAUAUUGGUGAAAAGAAUGUUGUCCGAGUGUUCUAUGACAUGUUAGCUAUUUUGGUGUAUGUAUAUUUGGUGUUAUACAACGAGUAUCGGUAAGUAUCAGUACGGUUGAGAAAAUAUGGAAACUGUUGGUGACAACAUGAGCAAUCCUAGCUUUAAGAUCUGAAUAAUUCAAUGCAUAUAAUAUACACUCGCUUAUUAAAAUGGUAUAAUUUAUUACCAGCUGCAAGGCAUCACUGUGUUCGUAGUUAGAUGCACGUAAGCAGCUAAACAAGAAACUCUUAAUUCUGCACAUUUUCUGUUCACAUCUAAUUCAUUUGUAUGCAUGAACAGUGAGUGAGUGACGAUACAGUUUGUUACUUACAUUCUAACCUAUACAUUAUUACAGAUAGUAACAUCUCUUCUCCAGAUUUUACAUCAAUUUCUAUCAAUUUUGCUACUUUCAAUAUUACCUAUCUGUAUCUAACAUAUUCUUGCGUUAACAACUAUACAAAUAUAUAUUAAAAUAUUGUUGAAUAAAAAAUGGAUCGUAUGGUCAUAA